AUGGCAUCGUUAAUUAAAGAUUUAAUAAUGAGUCCUAUUGAACCAAUGAAAAAUCUUAUAAAAAUCAUCAAAUUUAAUGGAGGCAUUCGUAAAAGCAUUUAUACAUUGUACAGGGAUCGAUAUGGAAAUAAAUAUUAUGAAAAUCCAAGAUAUUUCUUUCCAACAAAUAGAUGGGUUGUGUAUGCUGAACAUCAUGGUCUAAACUAUGAUGCAUCUCAGGGUUCUCCCGAGUGGCAAGGCUGGUUACAUCAUCGUACAGCAAAUCCACCAGAAUCCGAUAAUUUACCCCAUUGUUAUUCGUUAGAACAUAACGAAAAUAAAAACAGGAACCAGAGACCAGUAUUAUCCAUAUUCUACAACCAGGCCUAA